ACUGCUUUUGUCGGCUACUCUUAGCGCAGAGUGUGAAGGUCGAUCAGUUCACCCAGAGGAACUUCUCGGAGUCUCUCGUUUGAAUCCUCUAGCCUAGUCUCGAAUUCCAGAAGAAUGAACAAGUUCCAAAGAAUCUCGGCGCCCAUUUCCAGGGCUCUGAGUCGGCACAUGUCCCAAAUGCGGACUGUGACCCUCAUUCCCGGCGACGGCAUCGGUCCCGAGAUUUCGGCAUCAGUCCAGAAAAUCUUCGAGACGGCUGGAGUUCCAAUUCAGUGGGAGGUCGAGGAUGUCACCCCGGUUCGCGGACCCAACGGUCGUUUCGGUAUACCUCAGCGCGCGAUCGAUUCUGUGAACAAAAACAAAAUUGGUCUCAAGGGUCCCUUGGCCACCCCGAUCGGAAAAGGACAUCGUUCACUGAAUCUGGCGCUCCGACAGGAAUUCAAUCUGUACGCUAACGUGAGACCCUGCCGCUCGAUCGAAGGAUACGAAACACCCUAUAAAGACGUCGAUGUGGUUACCAUUCGAGAAAACACAGAAGGUGAAUAUUCCGGAAUCGAACACGAAAUCGUUCCCGGAGUUGUCCAGUCGAUCAAGUUGAUCACGGAACCGGCGUCAAACAAAAUCGCUCGUUACGCUUUCGAGUACGCCAAAGCAAACGGUCGCUCACAAGUAACGGCCGUGCACAAAGCCAACAUCAUGCGGAUGUCGGACGGUCUCUUCCUUCAGUGCUGCCGAGACGCUGCCGAAGCCAACCCCGAUAUCAAGUACAAUGAAAUGUACCUCGACACGCUCUGCCUCAACAUGGUGCAGGACCCGGCGAAGUUCGACGUACUCGUCAUGCCGAACCUUUACGGUGACAUCCUCUCGGAUCUGUGCGCCGGUCUGAUCGGAGGUCUCGGAGUCACUCCAUCGGGGAACAUCGGAACCGACGGCGCUAUUUUCGAGUCUGUCCACGGAACCGCACCGGAUAUCGCGGGACAGAACAAAGCCAACCCAACGGCGCUCCUCCUGUCCGCCAUCAUGAUGCUGCGCUACAUGAAUCUCAACGAGUUCGCCGAUCGAAUUGAGAGAGCCACAUUUGACACAAUCAAGGAAGGUCGACACCUGACAGCUGAUCUGGGAGGGAAGGGCACCUGCUCGGACUACACAAAUGAGAUCUGCAGCAAAGUCUCUGCUUGAUAGAUGAAUGAAUCCGGCGGAAGUAUCAAAUGCGAGCACUUCGACGAGGCCCCGGUCUCCGGAAACGAGUGUCUUUCUUGAUCAGCGGAUGUUAUUAGUUUUUAACUUAAUAUAAAUCAUCAGUCAAGUAUGGCUUGGAGUCUACAAGUGCCGAAUGGGUGUAAAGUCUUAAUUUAUGAGCGCGGUUCUUCUGGAAAAGACGUAGGAUGUAAAAUAAACUCGGUCGAAGGAUCAGGAACUUCUUUUCCCGCCGGUCGGGAGCUCUCU